UCUCUCUAGUGCAAGUGCAAAUACAAUUUUCGUAAAAGCAAACGCAAACCGCAAGCAAAGGGCAAAAGCGCAAAAAAAGGAAGAAAAUAUUUGAUAUAUACUAAAGUACGCUAGAUUUUCUUUUUUUUUGCAUAAAAUAAUUCCAGAAAAUUUGCAUUAAAUCGUUCAAAAUAUGGAUCAAAUCGGUCCAGAACUGCUUGUUAAAAUCUUAACCGCCGAAGAAUUGGAGAAAACACCCAAGGAUGUCCAGGAAAAAAUUAAUAAAUAUUUUGAGGAAAUAUUUGAUGAAUUCCUCACUACAAAAGCUGUGGGGGAAACCUCACGAAAUACUGUUGAUGAAAUCCGGGCCAGUUGUGAAAAGAAGGUCGAAGACUUGAGUUCACAACUUCAAGAUCAUGAACUUAAAUUAAAAAAUUCAGAACGUAAUGUCGCCGAACUUAGAAAACAACUGGACACAUAUUCCACCGAAAGAACCAACUUAAUGGAUUUGACCAAUAAAUAUGAAACUGAACUAUCAACAAUUCGCCGUGACAAAAACAGUAUUAUUGACGAACGUGAUUCGCUUUUAAAGGCAAUAGAAAGACAAAACUCCGAACUAGAACGUCUACAACAAGAGCUUAAAUCUUGUCAAAGCCAAUUGAAAGCGGCCAUUAAUAGUAAGUGCGAAGCCUUAGCUCGCGUUGAUGAGAUUGAAAGUAAGGAAGCUGCGCUAGAUUUCAAGGAGAAACGUAUGGAACAAGAACGCGCUAUACUAACAAACCAAGUGCAAACGCUUUCUGAAGAUCUCAAUCGCAAUAUUUCAGAACUUCAAAACAUUCGCAGAGAAAAUACAAUAAGAAACAUGCAUUUAGAAACAAAACUUAACGAAAAAAUCGAAGAAUUGAAAAUAGCCCAUACCCAAUGCAACCAAUACAAGGAAACUAUUGAUAGUCUGACUGCUAACUCACAAGAACUAUCAGCUAAAAUGCUUGCACAAAGUGAAGAAGCCAACAAAAUGAUGGAAUUCUACAAAAAAGAACUACAAGCCAAGACCAAGCUAGCUGAACUAUACAAAGCAAACUCUGAAGAGCGAGCAAUGGAAAGUAACGAAAUGGGACAAGCAAUAACUGAUUUAAAACGCAUGCUUGCUGAAGCCAGCGAUCAAUAUGGCGAGCUUGAAACUAAUAUGAAAUCAACAUCCAUCAAACACGAAGAAGAAAUCGAAGAGAAAAACAAAGUUAUUGAAUCAUUAAAGGCCGAAAUCUUGCAUGCUAAUGACUUGCUUAAGGAAGUACAAACUGAGAACAUGGAAAAUGCAAUUGAAAAAUUGGCACCUUCUGCAGCUGUGGCAAGUCGUCUCAUAAAAUCUGACAUGACACUCACUGAGCUUUAUUCAUUGUACGUAAAAGCAACUGAAGACUGUGAAUUACAGAAACGCGAAAAUAAUCGAUUAAACCUUCAAAUGAAGACAAUUCUUCAUGAGCUAGAAGAACGAGCACCCCAAAUCAAGAAACAAGAAAUCGAAUACGAAAAACUUAUUGAGGCUAAUAAUAUUUUAGCAACAAAACUUGACGAACUUAUCUUGAGAAGGACCGAUAACCAACAGGAAAUGGAUGAAGCUCAGACUAAAAUAAGUCAUCUAGAACGUGAAAACAAAAAACUUAAACAUUCUCAAAGUGAUUUAAGCAGACAAGUUUGUUAUUUGCUUAAGGAAAUCGAACAGAAUCGUUGCGGCUUCACUUCGGAGAACCAACAACAACUCAGCAAUAAUCUAUCAACUGAUGAAGUUAUAUCCAAGAAACUCGUAACAUUUUCUAACAUUACAGAACUACACGAAAACAAUCAGAAAUUGCUAUUAUUAGUCCGCGAUCUUAGUGACAAACUCGAGGAAAUUGAAAAUUUAAAGCAGCAAAUAAGUGAAGCGUCUUACAAGGAAAAAAUUGAAAACUACACUAAAAAGAUGCAGAGCAUGCAAGAGUCGUUACAAAACCAAACCAAAAUGCUAAACACAAGCAUGGCUAAAUGUGAACGCUAUAAGCGCUUGUAUUUCGAGGCAUUUACCAAAAAUGCAAACAACUCAUCGAAAAUGCGUCUAGAUGAUACUGAUGAAACUAUGGAAAUGGAUGGAGACAACUCUGCUGCUGCCCAAAACAAUAAAAAAGAAGCAUCAGAAAAAGAUAAGCAGAUUCAAGAACUUGAAUCUAAGCUCAUGGAAGUAACUAAACAGGCUAAAUCAUUCAAAGAACAAUACGAGUAUUAUACCCAAGAGAAGAAAAACAAUGAAAAAAUCUUGAAUGAACAGUUUGAUUCUAUGCGUACUGAAGUUCGUGAAUUGACAUCCACUAAUUGCAAACUUAUGUCCACCGUUGAAUAUAACAAGGAACAGCUUAAGAUACAACAAAAAAAUAUCAACACAUACAAACAACAAAUUGCCGCUCUUGAAGAUAGAAAUAAGAACUAUGAAAACACAAACAUAAAGCACGAGCAAACCACUUUAUAUCUAAAGGAUGAAAUUAUAAAAGCUCAGAAAAAUCUUUCGGCAGCUGAAUCCGAGGUUAAUCAUUUACGACAAGAGACACGUCUUCUUAAGGAUGCCGUUUCGCGUUUACAAUCCGAAAAAGAAGGUUUCCAUCGUGAAAGACAAAAUCAACAUCUACUCUUGAAUAACUUGGAAAUGAUAAAAGCUAGUUUUGAACGAUCAGAAAUGGAGGGUAAAGCUCGCUUGGAAUCGCGAUUAGAUGAGACCCAACGAGAGUUAUCAGCUCAACGUCGCCGUUAUCAAGAAGAACAAGAUCGUUUUAGAGAACUUGCUGCUGAUAUGAAACGUCAAACUGAAACUGCUAAGGAGAGAAUGGAAGAAGAAACUCGAGUUGCUGAUCAACUUCGACAAGAAAUGCUCUCAUUGCGUAAUGAAUUGAACACAAAAUCACUGCAGAUUGAUGAACUCAGUAAAAAACUUCAGGAAAGUCUUGCACCAUCUAAAGACGAUAAUCCAAUUGCAGCAGCCAACAAACAAAUACGUGAAUUGACCAUGAAAAAUGAAGAAUACCAACUUGAAUUACAGUUUCUUAAUAAUGAACUAGCCAAGGCAAAAGAACAUGCUGAACAAUAUUUCAAAAUGUCUGAAAGUGCUGAAAAAGAAAUUAAGAAUCUUGAUCAACUUCAUAAUAAUUAUGUAGCAAAGGCUGAGGCUGAAAUAAAGGCUCUGAAACAAUUGGAAACAGAUUUGAGGUCUCGCAUUGAAGAACUCGAAACAGAAAUUCAAUUACAAGCUGUUACAGAAGCACAAAAUAGUGGAAGUGCAAAACCGAUGCAAUUACAGAAAACUCAAGAAGAAUUAAAGGAGACACUUCAGAAAUUAAAUGAAUGCAAUCGGGAAUUGAGAAAUGUUCGAUCUGAAUUUAAUAAUCUCUCGGAGUCUCUUAAUUCAGUAGAGCAGAAGUAUGCUAAUGAAAUGGUUUUACACUCAGCAGAUAUCCAGGAACUAUCUAAAGUUAAAAGUGAGCUUUCAAAGAUUCGUGAGCAAAUUUCGAGCUUGCAAGAAGGCCGUGAUGCAGCUGUCAACGAGUUGAAUGAGAACAGAAGAACUUUGGAUGAGACAAAGCGACUUCUACAAAAGGAAAAUCAAGAACUAGAAAGCCGAUUGGUCGACUUGGACUUACAAAAUGCUUCACUUCACAGUCAAAUUCAAGCACUUACAUCAAAACUUUCGGUUAUUAGCACUUCCAGUGUUUACUCUUCAAACAACGAUUCGCUCAAUGAAUCAUCCGAUAUAAACAAAUCUAUUGCCGAAGAAGACGUAAAGAACAAUGAUCAAUUAUUGCAAAUAAUUAAAUAUCUCCGUAAAGAAAAAGACAUUGCAGUUGCUAAAUUUGACAUUCUUAAAUCUGAAAAUGUGCGUCUUGUCUCUGAGCACACAAUUUCUCAAAAGAAAAUUGAUGAACUAAAUGGAUUCCUAAAUCAAGAGCGUUCGAAAUUCGAAACCAGUUCUGCGACUGCUUCACGUCACGAAGAAAUUCUACGCAAAAUUGAAACUCUCAAUGCCAUCACCGAUAGCAACCGUAUUCUUCGCGAAGAGCGCGAUGCAUUGUCUGCUCGAGUAAAGGAGCUUAGCGAUCGUACAGGUAAAAUUGAAGAUGAACUAUUUCCGUUGCAAAAGCAAAACCACGAAUUGUCAUCCAAAAUCGAAGAACUCUCCACCGAAAACAAUUCUCUUCGCACUGAAGCCAUCAAAUGGAGACAAAGAGCUAACGUUCUCAUAGAAAAGAACAACAAAAAUCCAGAAGAAUUCAAGAGACUGCAAGCAGAGAGAGAAAAUCUUGCCAAAAUGUUGACAUCUGAAAAAGAAAUACUAAGACAAGUAAAUGAAGAACUUAACCAAAUUAAAACGGAAAAGGUUAAAAUGGAGGCAGAAAUAACAAACCUUGGACGUCAACUAACAACGGUUACAGAAGAAAAGAAAAAACUCACUGAUGACUUCAAUUUGCUUAAGCAACAAAACUCACGUUUGACACAAGAAGUGAUGGAGCUUAAAAAUCAACUUUUACAAAAGGAAGAAAAUAUUCAAAAAAUUGCAGAAGAUCUGGAAUCUAAAGACGCCCAACUUGUCGACUCAAAGAACAAGGAAAUUCAAAUCAGAAAAAUUGCUAAGCGCUACAAGGAUUCAUUCAUUGAGCUUUCAAACAAACAGGCUGCCUCAACUGAAGCAAGUGGAGACAACUCGAAUUCCGGAGCAAACACCAGCGAAGGCGGACCAUCAUCUGUCAAGACUGACAACGAAAAGGAAGGAUUGAAGGAAACAAUAGAACAACUGAACUCUGUAAUAAAAACUAUUCAGGAAGAAAAUGAAAAGAUGCGUAAAGACAACGAAGAUUUACGAGCUUCUGUUGAAAAGGACGAAAGAGGAAAACUCUUAUUGAGAGAAGCAAAGUCCAGAAUAAUGAGUCUUACCGAAUCGAAGAACUUAGUAUCACAAGAGCUGGCUCAAACCAAAACUAAGCUACAAAAUCUUAAACAAUCUACUGAAGAUCAUGAUUCUAUAAUUACCGGCAUUAAAACACAAUAUGACGAGAAACUUGCCCGCCUAGAAAAAGAUUUGUUGGAACAAACAGCUGGAAAUAAGGAAGCCAUCACUAGACUUACUCGAGAAAACGAAUCACUUCUUUUACGUAUAAAUCAACUAAACAGACAACUGGGCUUGCAGCAAUCAGCAAAGCCGUCCACAAGCUCCAGCACCAUUUCCGAUAAGGGUUGCAUUUCCGAAUCAUCACCUCGAACAGCAAACGUCAAACCAAUGUCUGGUUCAAGUAGCCAACAAUCGGCAACAGUAACUCCAUGGAGAGGCGGUGACACCCCCUUAGCCAGUAUUAGACCUAUUUCCGUUCAAAAUAGUCGAACUGCAGCUAUUCUACCUACAAGUCAAAACAGCACUAUAAGUGUGGGUCAAGGGUCAGCUUCAGGCAGUAACACAGCAUUGGUGCCCCCACAACAGCAAGUUCAUACAACUGGAAGCAAUGUUGAAUCAAUGUCAUCUUCACCAACCAGCUCACACACCGAUUACAUGCCAUCAACAAGCACAGCAGCUGUGGCUGUUGCUGCAGUACCACCAAUGGGAGCAUCUGCAGCAGAAUGUUCCCAAGAAGCUGAGAGCGUUCCUUUGCAGACAAACGAAUCACAGGUCCUCGUUAGUGGCGGACAACAACAAGUUGUUGCUCUGGUAUCGCCUCGAGUGGAAGGAUCUCAGAAUGCCCCAGUUACAGUGCAAAGUCAACAAGAGCCAAACAACCAGCCAAGUACUUCAGGAACAACAAGUUCAUCUCAUGUUUCCAUCAGUAGUCACAGGCAUGCAUCUUCCAGCAGCAACGUAACUACCACCCAGGCCAGCGGUCAUAAGAGACCCAGAGAUAUUGAAGGCGAUAGUUCAACUAGCACUGCCGAAGAUUGUGGUGAGAAAUCAAAGCCUCUUAACAAAAGAACUCGCACUGGAGAGGCUAUGGGCUCUCAAGUAGGUGUUUCGGAAUCUGGAGUUGAUGUAGAAUACCAGGUUCCCACCUCAUCUCAAAGAGAUCAAGAAGAUGACAUUGUAAUUGUUGACUCAGAGGAAGAUGAAGGAAUGGUUGACGAGGGAAACGCUGAAGCAGAUGAUGGCCCAACUGAGGAUGGAGAAAACGAAGGUUAUGAAGAUUCAUAUGAACAGGAUCAAGAUAUGGAUGGCAACGAAUGUCCUGAAGUAGAUGAAAGUAAUAUUCAAGGCGACACAAAUGAAGUGGAAAUUGAUGAUUGUAUGGAUGUUCCUGUCCAAUGUACUUCAGAAAAUCAAAAUGAUCCUGAUGCAGGCUCAAGUGCUAACCAAGAUAAUAACCAACAAAGUCAGGCAAUAAGUAGUGGCAGUUGUGAACCGACCAAUGUUCCACCAGGUGUAUCGCGCAAACAAACAACAACAUUGUCCCGCCAACAAAAAGCAACUCUUAUGAUGUUGCAACAGGGAAUCGAAGGUGGUGAAGCUGUUGAAGAAGCAAACACUCCUCAAUUCAGCGGACACAGAUCCGACAGUUGUAGUGAAAGCGUUAGUUCCCCACAAGGAUCUAAGUUUAUAGAAGAAGAGGAGGGAGAAGUAAAGAUUGAUCUUGCAGAGGAUGCUGAAGGUGAUGAAUUUCUAGGGGAAGAAAAAGAAUCUGAUGAAACUGCUAAAGUUUCUGAAGAUGGUGGUAGUUGCAGUGUGGUGGCUGCCGAUGAAAGGGAACUCGAAACCGCACAGGUUGCAUCCGUUUCUCAUAACGUAGAUUCUGCUGAAAGUCGGGGUGCUACGCAAUCUGGAUCUGAAAUUCAACAAAACCAAAUUGAAGGUACAGCUGCAGAAGAUAGCGAAGGCAUUGACGCAGUCUCAUCAGAAGGUGAAAAAGCUAACCUUGAAGAAGACUUAGAAGAGGAGGGACGUGAAGCAGAAGCCUCAACAUCGCCCUCAAUAAACACAAGGUCUAAAACAACCCGAGGUAACGUGGCUACCAGGCGACCCAGGGGAUUUCAAAGAGGAGGAAGACCAACACCAAUUGUUUGGCAAGAUCAGUCAGGAAGUCCACGUAACGCAUCACCCAAUCCAGGAAGUCCAUCUCGUGGAUUCCAAAAUCAACGUGCUCAAAGGGCGCGUCGUAUGCGACGUCCAGGUGGCAUGAAUUAUGGAAACAUGCGCUAUUCAUAAAUAAGUUAUAAUUAGAAACUAAAAUAUAAAACGUGAUGCUAUUUUCUUCCAAAAUACUUAUUCCACUACACACUCAGUUAUUAUAUAAACCGAUAUUAAUUUCGACAUCCUAUCGCUGCUGAUUGCAUUAAAUGAACACUAAAAUACUUAAUAACAAAUGUCAAAUAAAAUUGGGAAUUACUUCAAGUAAAA